UCAACUUUGAUAUACGAAUCGCGUACUUUAAGUCUCUUGAGAAUCUAGUAACGAAUCUUAAAGUCUGAGUCUUUCGGCAGUCAUACUGACUGUUACCACAAACGAAUCGCUUGCUUCCAGUUUUUCCAAAACUUAGUAACGAAUCACCGUGUUGUGCAUUAGCGUCCCGUCGGCUGAGACUUUUGGUCGUCGUUAAUUGAGUCAUUUCUAAAUAAAUUCCGUUGUGUUAACGUUCGAAAAAAGUACUCCAGUGUGGAUUGGGCAGCUGUUUAGGGCAUUGUAUCGCACUGCACCUUGUGAAACGUGCUUGUGUAUCGUUCUCACCAACAAACAUCUAGUAAGGUUUCGUUGCUGCCUUACACUAUACAUGGAGAUACAAUCGACAAAUCAACUCUCUUUCGCCCUUUCUUGCAGAAAAAGGGUCAUGUGGAAAUUAGUGAAAGAACAUCAAGGAAUAGAACCUAAAAUUGAUAGGACAGAAGAUGAUUUUGACCAAGGAUCUAAAUAUUACAUUGCUGCAGUUGCUGAAUAUUUAAAGUAAUUUAUCGUUUAUGUCACUCACUUCCAGUUACACAGAUCCUUAUGCAUAGAAGAGGGAGAAUAUGAUUCCAAAAAUCCGGAAACUGAACCUGUUUAUAAAUGUGACAUUACUGGAAGUAAAAAGGCUGGAAAUCUUUUCAGAUCCAUGCUAAAAAUGGGCAACUCUAAACCAUGGUCAGAUGCAAUGACGGUAUUAACUGGUCAAACAAAGAUGAGAAUUUCUGGUAUCUUGGAUUAUUUUAAACCGAUUCAGGAUUGGCUCACUGCUGAGAAUAAAAAAACCGUGAAUUCAUUGGGUGGAAAAAAAGCAUUUAUUCGCAAUAGCAAUUCUUGCAGUUGCUAUAGCAGGUCUUCCGCGGGAACGUAAAAAGUUUAAAGCUGCAACUAAAAAUGAUCCAAAUGAACUUCUUAAGAAAGCCAGGAAAUUUCUGGCGAUAGCCAAUAAACAGACCGCUGAAUGGAAAAAUAAAAACAUGAUAGCAUCCUGGAAUUAUGAAACCAAUAUCACGGAUGGGAAUUUAGCAGUCAAACUUAAAGUCUCAAAUCAGGCUUCAGAAGCCAAAAAAAAAUUGUCGGAAAAAAUUAAGUUAUUUCCAUGGAGGGAAUUGAAAGACAAAGAUGCUAAGAGACAGUUUUUCCUGCUCAGCAACAUUUGGGAAAAUUCCUUGCCUUCAAAGCAAUAUAAGGAGUUUGACAAUAUCGUCAACCAGAUGAAGAACAUUUAUUCUAGUGGAAUCCUGUGCGAUCCCAAAAAUAUGAAGAGAUGUGAUUCAGCUGUGCAGUUAGAAUUAUGGGAUAUUAUUCCGAAGAGUCGCAAUCCUAAAUUUCUCCUGAAUAUUUGGAAACAAUGGCGAAAGGUUACUGGGAAAAAAAUGAAGCAGUUCUAUCCUAGAUAUGUUGAGUUGGGUAAUAUAGCUUCAAAGUUGAAUAACUUUCCUGAUAAGUCUGUAAUGUGGCUUCAACAGUAUGAAACAAAAAAUUUCCAGCAAGACAUUGAGAAUCUUUGGCGGAAGCUGAAGCCCUUGUUCUUGCAAAUUCAUGCUUAUGUAAGAGGUAAAUUGAAUAAGAAAUAUGGAGAUGCUGUUGUAUCAAAAGAUGGACCAAUUCCAGCUCAUCUUGUAGGUGACAUGUGGGCUGCAUCUUGGGAAAACAUUGCUGACUUCACUCUUCCCUUUCCUGGCAAAAAGUUACCAGAUGCUACAGCAGCUCUGGUUGCACAAAAAUAUGAUGCGCUGAAAAUGUUCAAACUAGCAGAGUCCUCUUUCAUGUCGAUGAACAUGAGUGCGAUGCCUAAACUUUUUUGGAAGAAUUCUCUUAUGGUAAAGCCAACUAAUCGAGAAGUAGAUUGUGAGUCCAAUGCUUGGGAAUUUAGUGACGGUAAAGAUUUUAGAGUCAAAGUGUGUACCGAAAUUAACUCAGAGAGUCUUGAGACUAUUCAUCAUGAAAUGAGCCACGUUGAGUACGACUUCCAACUCAAGGAUCUACCUGCAAUCUUGAGAGAUGGUACAAAUCCAGGAUUUCAUGAAGGAAUUGCAGAUGUCAUGGGUUUAAGUGUUUUGACACCUGGUCAUCUGCAGAAAAUAAAGCUGCUGAAAAAAUAUACACCUGACAAGGAAGCUUCUUUGAACCAUUUGUAUCGGAUGAGUCUGGAGAAAGUAGCCUUUCUUCCUUACACUUACAUCAUGGAUCUCUGGCGAUGGGACAUUUUUAGAGGAAAAACUACUAAGAAUCACUACAAUUGCCAGUGGUGGAAGUUGGUGGAAGAAUAUCAAGGAAUAGAACCUCCAGUUGAUAGGAGUGAAGAGGAUUUAGACCCAGUAUCCCAAUAUCACGUUGCUGCAGAUUAUGAUUAUUUAAGGUACUUUGUUGGCCUCAUCAUUCAGUUCGAGUUUCAUAGAUCUUUGUGUAUAGAAGCUGGAGAAUUUCAGCCCAAAAAUCCAAAAAGUAAACCUCUUCAUGAAUGUGACAUAACUGCUAGUAAGAAGGCUGGAAAUCUUUUCAAAUCUGUGAUGAAGAUGAGUGGCUCUAAACCAUGGCUGGAUGCAAUGAAACUAUUAACAGGUGAAGCGAAACUGAGCAGUUCUGGUAUCUUGGAUUAUUUCAAACCACUUGAGGAUUGGCUUACUGCUGAGAGUAAAAGAAACAAGGAAUUUAUUGGAUGGAAAAAAAGCAGGAAACGUUGCUUACAAACUAGAAGAAAAAAUUAAUGCUGAGAUUUUCAUCAAUUAGAAAUCUACACAUCUCAUAUUUUUGGCGUUUUUACUAUCUGCGUUAAGUAAUUCAUCGCUUUUAAAAAGUAUGGACAAACAGUUUCACUUACCUAGAUUCCGAAAUUUAACUUUAUAUAACUGGCACUGUUGGAAUGCUGCGAAAACAAUAGAAACUAAUUCACGGAAUGCUGCGAAAUCAACAGAAACUACCUCUAACAUUAGAAAUGUGCAUUAUUAAAUAUAUCCAGAUGU